CCACAAAUGUCUUUUUUUCAUCUUUCACAUUCGUGUUUUUAAAAUUAUUUUUUUACAUGUGGUUUUUUUUCUUUCCUUUUUUAUAUAUUUAUUUAGAUUUUUACAAAUUAACAAGACUGGACUUUAAGGAUACAAUACAAAGGGAAAGGAGAAAUAAAAGGGUAAAGAACAACAAAAAAACAGACUACAAAAUAAUUAGAAAAACCACAGCAAAUAACACAUUCACACAUCACCAGUCUAACAUAAGUACAUAUUUAAGGUGACAUCAUCAAAUCAAGUCACCAUCGGUACCAGUGUUUUUAAUCUGGCACAGCAAUGUCCAGCCCGGGGGGGUCCACCAUGUCGAAGACCAGUUUCCAUAUUUUGACAAAUCCCUUGACAUUGUCAUGGAGGGUGUGGGUCAUUUUUCCAGAGCGAGAACUUCCAAAAUCCCUUUGUGAUUUUAUUUGUGUUUUUAAGUACGUGGGCUCAUUUCUUGUGGAUGACCGCUGCUUGGACGACCAGAUGGAGCAACUGCACACUCAGCUGAAGUCCCUUAAAACGUGCAAAAGACGACGGCCUGUGUCCCUGAAAUUCUCCAUCAAAGGUGUGAAGAUGUACAACGAGGAUGAAACGACGCUCCUGAUGGCUCACGCUCUGCGUAGAGUCUCUCUGUCCACCGCCCGGCCCACCGACGCCCAGUUUGCCUUCGUCUCCCACAACCCGGGCAGCUCUGACGCCCAGCUGUACUGCCACGUGUUCAAGGCCCGCCACUCCAGAGCGGCGCAGUUCCUGAACCUGCUGCUCUGCCGCUGUUUCCAGCUGUGCUACUUGGAGAAGCACCCGGACGAGGCCCAGGAGGACUCCGUUGGCUCGACGCCUCGCCGCAACCCCUCCCUGCUCAACCACGGCUUCCCCCUCAGCGUCAGCGCCCUGGUCUCCUUCCGGAGAGCCCCCUUUCAGGGGCUUCUGCCGGGCACCAAGGUUUCAACGUCGUCCUCGUGUUCGCGCGUGCACGACGUCGUGCGUUUCCCUUUUCACCCCAGUGUUUUCCCCUCCCUCCCCGUUUCCCGCCCGUCUGCACAGAAGGAUCAAAAGUCCUUCGACGACCUGCAGAGCAGCCAGGAGGAAGUCUUCCCCACCUCCUCGCCCUCGCUGGUGCGAAAGAAAGCCAUCCGCACCAAAGCGCUGCGCUCCGGCGCGUACCGCUCCUUCACGUUCACGCCGCUCAAGCAGCGCUGCGUUCAGGAGCGGCUGAGCGCGUCACAAGGAAAAGACGAAGCUCCAGCGAGGAAGUCCCGCACGCCGAGCUUGGCCGAAACCGAAGAAGCUCUGGCUCAGGCGGUGUGGCGUUGGGCUGGCAUCGCGACUGACGGCAGCUGUUCCCUGCUGGCGGACGACGUUCUGGGGUCGUACCUCCUGUGUCCUCAUCCGAAGAAACCCAAAUGUGGCUCCCUCAUCGUCCGCCUCCCCUGUGGCCUGAUCACCCACCUCAUCGAAAGCACCAGCGCCGGGACGCUGCUGCUCGAGACGCACAAGACUGAAUUCGGCUCCGUGGCCGAGCUGAUCGAGCACUACACGGAGACGCUGGGUGAGCUGCCGUGUCUGCUGAGCUGUGCGCGAGUGAACCACUGUUACGAGUGGGAGGAACAAAGCCCGGAUUAACAAAGGCCGGAUUAAAGGCUCCCACAGAAAGCCCUGGUUUUAAACCCUGGACACUGGAACUUGUGGAUUGCCAACCUCCGAAUGAGUGACACCUUUUUUUUAAUUGAUUUUUGCACAUCAUCUUUUAUCUAUUUUUAAAAAAUCACAUUUGGUGUUUUUUGGGGGGGAGGCUUCAUUAACAUACAAUGCACCUAUACUUACUAGUGUUGGCACUUAUUGUAUAGUAUUCAAGCAAUUUCAUCAACGGGUACUUAUCUGUAACGGCGUAAUAUGUUGUGCUUGCUGCUUUUUAUGCAUUUCCAUGUAAUCAUUUUUAAAGGUAUUUUUGUUUUUUUAAGGCAUCAGAGGAGAAAGUGCUUUGACGUGGAAUUUUAUGUUUGCACGGGAUGUCAAAGCCGUACGUUGGUCUUUAAAUUGUAUUGUUCCUUGAAUUUUAAUCCCUCUGAGAAGGGAAAUGUUCAAACUAUCUGUGUUUUUAAAGUUUUGUUCACUGGUUUUAACUGGUAAUGUUUGUUAAAGGAACAGUUAUAUGAAAGUAUAGGUCUUGGUCAUAAGGUUGCAUGUGAGAUAGUGUUUUCUGGUCCAAAAGUCUGCUUUAUACCCAACAUUUUUUUUUAUUUUACUUUUUUUUCCAACAAACAGUAUUCCUUGUUGUUCCCCCCCCGGUUUGAGAUUAAACAGAUUUUUCUGUUUUCAACCCAA